AUUUUAAAUUAAGAAAUAAUUGUAUGUUAACGGUUAGGAUGGAUAUGAAGACCUUAAAAGGGCUCAUAGCUCAUCAGUCUUGACAUUGCUUCGAUCACUUUUGUCUCGUCAAUUCCAUAGAGAGCGAGCUAGAGCCUAGACAUAGAGAAAGUAUGAGCAUUGUGGUGAGCAAGUCGGCGCCGGUGGUCGUCCGGCCAUCGCAGCCGCCGGUGAAGACUACCUCCGGCAGCAAGAUCGUUCUGUCGCCUAUGGACAAGCCUAGUUCCAUGAUGCCAACCACAGUGCUACUUGCGUUCGACCAUCCCACCAUCCAAUCAGAGUGCACGGCGGAGACCAUCAAGAGAGGUCUCGCUCAAGCGCUCGUCCCCUACUAUCCUAUCGCCGGCCGCCUUUCCUGCGACGACGACGGCGAUUUCUACAUCGACUGCACCGGCGAGGAGCUCGGAGUCACGUUCGUGGCGGCGUCCGCCAACUGCACCAUGGAGGAGCUCAUGUGUUGCGUCGACGACCAGCCUCCCGACGCCGAGACGGCGGUGGUGCAGCAGCUCGCCUUCAACUGCACGCCCGACGACCUUCAUCACCGUCUGCUGUGGAUGCAGGUCACCACACUCUCCUGUGGAGGCUUCGUAGUCGGGGUGACAUGGAACCAUGGCCUGGCUGACGGCUUCGGCAUGGCACAGUUCAUACAAGCCGUCGGCGAGCUCACCCGUGGCCUGCCAUCGCCGUCCGUCGUCCCGGUCAGGUUAGACGACGACAACAACGCCACCCAGGCCAUACCUCCCUUCGCCAUGGCCGUUUAUCAGUUUAUGUCCAGCUCCAGCCACAAGGCAUCCAUCGACCACACCUUCAACAACAUCACCGUCCCGUCGAGCUUGAUCGACCACAUCCGAUUCCGAGGACGACGAACCAACGACGACGUCACCGUGUUCGAGGCUGUCGCCGCCGUGCUUUGGCAGUGCCGUACCCGGGCGGUGAUGAAAAAUCCGGAGGCCCCCGCCGUACUGCUCUUCGCGGUGAAUGCGCGAAAGUAUCUCGGAGCCAAGGACGGGUACUACGGAAACUGCAGCACGAUGCACGUGGCCGUGGCGAAGAGCGGCGCGGUGGCGAACGCCGACAUCAACGACAUUGUAGACAUCAUACGGCGCGCCAAGGAGCGGAUACCGGAGCAGCUCAAGAUGACCGGCGGCAGCGACAUGACGAUGCUACGGGAGCUCGCCGAUGACCAUCGUCUGGAUGGAUAUGAGAGCCUGCUCUACUUGACAUCAUGGCGAAACAUCGGAUUCGAAGAUGUUGACUUCGGCAGCGGGAAGACGGCGAGGGUGAUGACCUACCCGCAGAGGGUGGUGCUCUCCAUGUCGAUGAUGGUAAAGGCUAUGCCGAUCUGCGUCAUGCUCAAGGCAACAGAGCAAGGGGCUAGGGUGAUGUCAGCGUGUGUUACAGCUCACCACGUCGAUGCAUUCCAUGACGAAAUCGCAAAGCUCAACGCCACCGCCUGAUUAAUAAACUAUGCGAAGCAUUUCCCUAAAUGAAUAAAAUUGGUCAAACCCCUACUACUGUUAUUAUGAUUAUAUCCCUUCUUCAAUUUGUGAUAUUUAAUUAUCUACAGAAAAAUUUAAAUGUAUCAUGCACGCAUCAACAAUUUAUAUGGUGU